UGAAAAUAUUUGUUGCAUAUCAAAUACGAAUGUAUUCUCUCAUAGCAUGAGGUUUAUGAAACAAAUAUCUGAAAGUUUUAUAAGCGUGCAGAUAUUAAGUAGAUCAUAAGGGAAAUUUCUUAUUUUAUCCUUUGCUGGACUGAGAAGUUUGAACGGAGGGUUGAAGAUCAGAAUGUCUUGCCAACGGUUGUCACAGCAACUGGUAUAAAUAACAACAGUUUGUUCUACCGCAAGCGCAGAGAGUUUUCUACCAGCAAGAAUAAUAACACGCAACCUGUAAUGAUGGACGUGGAUGCUGCCACCAUUCCAAACAAAACUAAGGCAGAUUCCCCAAAGACCAUCAACCCAUCCAGGAAGGUUCUUUCAUGUCGGGAAGCAAAGCUCAUUCUGGGGGUACUAGAUGAGUGCAUUCAUCAGAUGGAGACAGCUUCUCUUCUUCCCACUUUGCUGAAGUCUUCAGAAGCACUUUCCCUGAGCCUGGAAGAGGAGGUGGUGAAGGCCCUGAAAGAGCACCAGAAGCUUGAGGAAAAGUACCAAUCUAUAGCUCUGGAUGGAAAUCAUGAUCAAAAUGAACUGCAGGUAGAAAAAGCCAAAUCAGCUAAAUUAGUUCAGGACUCCUUUCGUAAGAUCAUCCGUCUGCUUAGGGCAACUCCAACCACAAAGGUGGUGCUAAAACGAAUAGAACCAAACACAACAGGAGAGAUGGGGUCACAGAAAAUUAGAAAUGGCCUAUGCGAAUUGAGGGAGGUUGUUUUGGAGAGGCUGCUCACAACCCCUGCGGAGGAAAAAGAAAGCAGAAAGAUGAUGCUGGAGGUCAGUCAGCGUCACUCUGCCAACCAGAAGCUCAUAGAGGCAUUGGAAAAAGAGGUUGCUGAGGCAAAUAAAAACAAGGAUGCAGAGAUCUCCACAUUGAAUAAUAAAGUGCUCCAGUUGAGGCGCACACUGCAUCAGAUGGGAAAAGGUUUAGAGGAGUUUGUGAUGCGAACUCAACAGGACGCUGAGAAACAGAGUCAUUCAGACAGGAAGACGUCAGACGGGAAGAGAGCUCGCUUGCAGCAGGAGGCCAGUCAACUGAGAACUCAGCUCAAUAAUGCUAUCAAAGCCAGCAGAGGGAGAGAACAGGAUCUACGAAAGGAAAAAUACAAGGAGGAAACAGAGAUAGAGAACUUGAUCCAGAAAUAUGAUGCCGAAAUAGGAGAGAAACAGACAGAGUUGGAGGAAAUGACACGCAUGCAUGAGGAAGAUCAAAUGGAGCUGACAGAGCUGGAGAAGCGCUUUGACACUCUGGACUUGGAGUACUCACAGAUAAUGGAGGAGCGACAGGAGGCUCAGGAGCUGAGGGAACAGCAGGAAAGAGAAAGGCAGAUACAGAGUCAAGCUGCCACUGUCAUUCAGGCCUACUGGAGGGGCUUUUGUGUGCGCAAGGCCAAGAAGGUCAGCGCUAAACCCAAGAAAGGGAAGAAAGGGAAGGGGAAAAAAGGGAAGUGAAAAAGAACAGGUGACAAAAGACGAGUGCAAGACUAUCAUCAUUAUUACACUUAUGUUAGAUUCUAAAAUUAAUAAAGCCAGCUGUAAGACUCUUUCAAUAUUCAUGUGUAUAUAUUCACAUUACAAAUUGCACAUAUUUGCCCUAUAUGAAAUGCCAAGUCAUACCGCACUUACAGCCAGGAACAAAUGUGGACUAUCUCCAGAGUACAGUACUUCACUUCUCAGACAUUCUACCAGCGACAAGCUCGAUUGGCAAAAACAAGCUCUGACUGAUGCCAGCAGACACCAACAGGGGCAACACACUCACUCGACAAAACACAGAGAAGUGUCUGCCGUCUGUCGGUUCAGUUGAGCUUAAGGGAGUCAACACUACACUUGGCAAAAGUCAGAGCCAGUCUGCAGAAUUUUGGGCAGUAAAUUUUGCAAAUCCAAAAAUUAUGAUGCUUUUAAGGCUAGUUUCCAAAACAUGAAUAUUCUGUUCUUAAUUACUCCCCCUCGUCGUUCCAAACCCCUGAGACACAAAAUAAGGUGUUUUAUUAAAAUCAGAGAUAUUUUUCUUUCAUUCACGAUAUUCAGCAACAGUUAAAAAAAAAAAAAGACAUUUAAAGUCUAGCAAAAAAUU